AGGAUCAGAGCAAAUGUUGUUGCAACGUUUAGCGGAGCUUCAAGUAAAGUUGCAAUACCUAGAUUCAAUGAAUAGAGAAAAGCAGGAACACCUUCAACAGCUGUCACAACGUAUUCAGCUUUUAGUGCCAAUUGAUAACAAUACAGAUUUCGGGGCAACGUCAGCACCCCUCAAGCCGGAAGUAAAGAUGAUAUUGCGGAACAUAUCAGGCACGAACGCAGCUAACGGAAUAAAUCCUCCCUUCAUGUUGCGGUUGCCUUCCACUUAUCACUUCCUACCGCAUCUAUUGGACGAUCCCCACAGUUUAAAACUCGGAUAUUUAAUGUCUAAAGGAAGGGCUGGGGUUUCUGUUGUCCUUGGUAUUCCAACCGUAAGAAGGGAGAAGCAAAGUUAUUUAAUUGAUACCUUGACCAGUUUAAUCGAUGGAAUGAAACCUAAAGAAGCGCUGGAUACCGUUUUAGUCGUUUUUGUUGCAGAGACGGACCUCGAGUACGUCCUCCAGAUAGCUAAGGAAGUCGAGAUGAGAUUUCCCGCUCAAGUGGAUUCCGGUUUAGUGGAAGUUGUCGCUCCUUCACCUUCCUAUUAUCCCGAUCUUUCGCAACUCCGAACGACAUUGGGCGAUCCAAUGGAACGAGUAAAGUGGAGAUCAAAGCAAAAUCUCGAUUACGCGUUUCUAAUGUCGUAUUGCCAACCAAAAGGUACGCUUUACGUCCAGUUAGAAGAUGAUAUCCUCGCAAAACCAAAUUACAUUACCAAGAUGAAGGAAUUUGCUAUUGAAAAAACAGCUUUGAAGAAACCUUGGUUUGUGCUUGACUUCUGCCAAUUAGGAUUUAUAGGAAAGAUGUUCAAAAGCGCCGAGCUUCCGUGGUUAAUACACUUCUUCCAGAUGUUCUACAAUGACAAACCGGUGGACUGGUUACUGGGCGACCUACUUUAUACCAAAGCUUGUUCCGGAGAGAAGCCAAUUGAACAUUGCAAAAAGGAAAAAGCUGAGCUUUGGUUACAUUACAGACCUUCGUUAUUUCAGCACAUUGGUACUCAUUCCUCUUUGAAAGGAAAGUUACAAAAAUUAAAGGAUAAAAAUUUUGGAAAACUUGCUCUUUUUUAUGGUCAUAAAAAUCCAGAGGCAUUUGUUACUUCUGCAAUCAAACACUAUAAGACUUAUUCCUUGCAACGAGCCUACGAAGGCAAAACAUUCUUUUGGGGUCUACUUCCUCAAGCUGGUGAUUGUUUAACUUUUAAUUUUUCUGCACCGAUUCUAUUAAAAUAUUACUUGUUUAGAAGUGGUAACGUUGAACAUCCCGCUGACAAAUUCUACAACACAACCGUUGAAAUCCUACCAAUCAACACUGAAGAUUACGUUGUAAUUGGGAAAUUCAAUUCCACUGGAAUCGCCUCGGGAACCGUCGAGGAAACCUCGAAGCCGAUUUCGUCGUUGAGACUGCACGUGCAUUCCGACAGCGAAAACUGGGCCAUCCUAAGCGAGAUAAUGAUACGUGGUGACAGAGCAAGGUGACCAAGGCCAGAUGCUGGAGUGAUGCAGUUAAUAUCUCACAUAAGACGUUAUGUACUCCGUAGCGUCUCAAAUCCCCCUCCUCUGUGAUAUCACACACCCAAGUACGCAAUGUAUUGCAUACAAAAAGUGUACCACCCGUUAAUUAUGUGUAUCGUCGUCAAACUACCCUAUUAUGUAUUGUGUAAAACCCUAACCUCGACCCUUCAAGAGCCAAAACAAAAAAAAUCCUUUAAAACCCAAACAAAUACCAUUGAAAUAGAUCACUUUUAUAUCCUUCAAUUCCUUAAAUCUAUCCUAACCCUUGUAAGAUGUAUUCUUUCUUCCUCUCCUUUCCUAUAUUUAAGAACUAAUUAAGGGACUUUUCGUUCGCACCGCACUUUUUCGAUAUUUUUUUUGACCUUAUGUUUCGGUUAUUCGACUCGCAAAACUCCUAUUUAUUUAGUUACCUUAUUGAUUUCGUUUCACAUUCGUUUCUUGACAUUGUUGAUUAUGUUUUUUAAAUGAUAUUUAUAGGUUCUUUUGUAACAAAGAAAAAACACAAAACGAUGUAAAUGGCUAAAUGGAAUUGUUGAAAACGUUUGAUGAAUUCUAGUCGUUACUACCGAUCAUUUGGAGUUAUGUAUUUUUGUACAUACAAUAAAAUAAAUUAUUUAAGA